AUGAAUCCCUCCAGCCGAAAGCCGUCCUUGCCUCGCCUGACCACCAACCUGACUUCCAGCGGGCGUUCACGCUCCACUGCAUCGCUGCCUGUUUUGGUCUCCAGGCCACUGCAGGACGCGAAUGUGGAGAAGCCCGCUUUUCAGCCUACUUUGUUCCCCGAAAACAACGAAGAUGACGAGAAUGUGCCUCCCACCGUGCAUUAUGCCCCGGUUGACUCUCGAACGCUCUACGUGACCCAGAAGAGUGUAGAGGACGAGCCCGUUUCCAAGCUGAAAACUCUCUACUACGAGGACGCGUUCACCACGCGAGGCUCGCACAAUUCUCCCAAAGAGCGGUUUGGACAAGACUCGGUGGUCGUUGCAGAGCUAAAAACCAACUGGAAAGCUGAAGAUGAUAGCCCCAAGGAUGGCGCCACCAAGCUGGUUGAGGAUCUCGCCCUGCGUCUGGCCCAGAUCUACCAACGGCCUGAAAGCUCGAUGAUGGUAGCGAUCCAGCAGGACGUCCACCUUCUCUUUGGCAGCGCAUCCGUGCCAGCAUACCUGCUGAAGAUCUAUGCUCUGCCACACCUGAUUGCGCCAAUAACCAAUCUCCGCAACACCGCUCUCAUCCAGAAUGCCCUUCAAGAGCUACUGGGUGCGGCACCGGACCAGGGCGUGAUCAUCUACCUCCCGACCCAGGAAGACAAUCUUGCGACGAACGGAGUGACAGUGCGCGGAGAGAUCACUCGUCUGGAACGCCUUUCUCAGGACGAAAACCCGGGUCUCUUCAGGACUAUCUCACGAUCCAUGAGCCGACGUCUGAAGUCGGGCAGCGGCCACAGUCAACCAACUCUCAUCAUCUCUGCUGUUCAGAGCCCUGUCUCGCCCGCUGUGCCCGAGGUCUUACCAGACCCUAUCUCUGCCGCGGAGGAGAUAAAGUUGAUCGUGUCCCCCAAAGACCCAGGUUCUCCGCGUGGCCGGAAGCGAGAUAGCUUCAGGGAUAAGGUUUUUAAUCGUUUGCGUUUCCAUGAUUAUCUGGCAUCCCAAGUGGAGAAGGAUGCUGAGCUUGAAGGCAAAAAGUGA